ACAUAAUGGAAUUGCUUGGAUAUAUCAUUUGCGCCAACCCUCCUACCUAGGUAGUCAUCAAAGUUACAACCGUCUCACAAGACAACGCAAUGGCGCUCUCUCAUGGCUGGAACAAUUGCUCGGCGCAAGCAAUUGUUCUCCCAACAAUCUUUGGUGCCGAGUUUUUGUCGGUUCAAGCCUCCUUGGUGCAGAAUUUCUCUCUGGACCCUCUUGCUGGAAACUACCAGCUCUUCCGCGACGAUGACUUUGGCAAAAACAUGAGCUUCUGCAACGUUACACUCACACACACACAUCCCAAUCAGAACGACAGUCUUAUAUCCCAAGUAUGGUUACCCAUUCAGCCAGAAUGGAACGGACGGUUACGUAUGGUUGGGGGUGGAGGAUGGUUUGCCGGAUUGGAAUGGUUUUCCUUUCUGACCAUGUCGGUGGUUGUUGCAGACGGCUACGCCACAGUCACCACCAACGGGGGUGCCUCGUCUGAGGGCCCAGAUCAUUGGGGGCUGUUGAGUCCUGGUAACGCUGAUCUGCUGGCGCUGCAGAAUUUCAUGUACGUGGGACUGAAGGAUGCCGCGCUGGCAGCCAAGAGCGUCAUCAACAGCUUUUAUGGACAACUGCCUAGAUUCUCAUACUUUGAUGGGUGCUCGCAAGGAGGGCGCCAAGGUCUUGGUUUUGCUCAACGAUAUCCAGACAUCUUCGAUGGCAUCCAGGGCAUCGCUCCGGUGAUCCACACCGAGUUCAUCGUUGCUGCGCAUUUUCCACAGCAAGUCAUCAACGAAAUGGACCAGGCGCCACAUCCCUGUGAGAUUGAUGCCCUGACAAAUCUCGCUAUCGAUUUUUGUGACGGUCUGGAUGGAGUUCUUGAUGGCAUCAUCUCCAAUGAGGACGACUGUCACUUCGAUCCAUACACCGCGGUUGGUGAGCCCCUCAAGUGCAGUGGGCCAUCAUCGCCGAGUCAGAUAACGAAGUCCGCAGCAUCUGUUGCUGAUGCAGCUUGGAACGGUGCUCGGAGAGCAGACGGGGCGUUUCUCUGGCACACCAUGGGCCACCAGACUAAUCUUACCUCGGAGGGCGGGCUUGCAAGAACUAUCUGCUCGUCGAACGGAACAUGUAAUGGCGAGGGAAACUCGUUGUUGACAACGGCCAUCCGCAUGUUCUUGAAGGAUCGUGACUUCGACGUGAGCAGUCUGUCUCGGCGAGACUACGAACAAGUCUUCCGGACAGCUUUUGUCGAGUUCGAUUCAAUGAUUGGUACAAGGUCACCAUAUCUGUACGAUUUUAAACAGGCCGGUGGGAAGAUGCUUACAUUUCAUGGUCUCGCAGAUAGCAUCAUCACGUUUCGUGGUUCUCGUCAGUACUACGACGCUGUGACCGCCGUUGACCCCGAUGUGCAUGAAUUCUUUCGUUACUUCGAAGCCCCUGGGUUGGGUCACUGUCAGGGUGGCGUGGGCGGCUACCCUGCGAGAUCGUUCGAGGCGCUGGUCGAGUGGGUAGAGAAUGGGGUCGCGCCUGUUGCGCUCGAGGCUAUCGACAUCGCUAACCGCACAAGUCUGCUCUGCCCUUAUCCCAAGAGAGCCGUAUUCGCAGGCGCUGGCCCCGACUACAGCUCAGAGGAUUUCUUCUGCGCUUGAGGUAAGAGGCGGAUCGUGAGGGGUGGCAAACAGGUCUAUGUAGCUGUUUGUGGUUGGCGUUUCUCGAUAGUCAGCCAACCUCCUGUACCUCCCAAAGGUUGUCAUACUGCUCGACAGUCCUUGGUCACAACUCUACUCCAUACUUAUAGCACAAGGAUAUUUCUUCAUAGUUUAGUGUAAAGCAGUCAAAACAUAUCCAACAUGGCAGCCAUUGAUGCUGUGUUACAGGCCAGCAACGCCCAAUGG